GCGAACGAAAACGAGCUUUCUUAUCGCGCCGUAAUUAUCGCGCGCCGUCAAGUUUUCUCUAACAAUAAUAGAGAAUAUCGCGGUAUUUACGCUGCAAAAUGUCUAGUGCGAAGAUCAUCGAAAAUCCAGAAAUACCGGGACUAGAAUGUAUUCUGCCACCACCUCCACCACCUCCACCUCCAGUUACAACGUCGAAAAGCAACAACCUACCAAUUACGACGGAGCAACAGCAACCUGUAGCAACAAAAGCAACAACGACCGAUUUAUCGACCAGCGAAACAGCGGGAAAUUUAACGACGAUUCAAACAACGGCCUCGUCGUUUCCAAACAUUACUGUGCCAACAUCCUAUAUCAUGCAUCCGGCGAUGCAGCCACAAACGCCUGGACAACCAACUACUCCCUGGUGGAUACCUACAGACGCCGACACGUCGGACCUUUAUGCACGAUGGUAUAACACGACCUACAAGGCGGCUGCUACGGCGGCCGUAUCGCCGACGAUACAAGUUUCCAACAAAGCCAAAAACAAGUAUUACAAACGCAAGAACGAAUUCAUCGAUCCUGCGCAAGAUGCAGAGAAAGUUGCAAGCGCCCAGAGGGAACUGGCAGCACUAAUGAAACCGCUGAAAUGUGAUCUGUGCAAUGCAGUUAUGAAUUCUACGUUACAAGCUAAGUUACAUUACGACGGUAAGCCACAUCAGAAAAAGGUAUCUAUGUUUUUGAAUCAAAGCGUAAAGAAACAAAAGACCGAAGACGGCCAAGUUAGUAGCACGACCACCGACUGGCAAAACUAUUGUGAUAUUUGUAAAACGUGGUUCACGUCGCAAACGGAUGCGACACAACACUACGCUGGUAAAAAACAUAUUAGAGCAGCGAACGGCGGACGUCGUGCGAGGCCGUCGAAGAAGUCGCAAAAUCAAAAUCAGUACGGUCAAAUAGAUCCCAGCGGCCGAUUCGGGAUAGGAACGGCUUUUCAGGCGGAAGUGCAAUCUACACCGGCACAGCCGGCAGUACCUGACGGUACCAAUACGGUACCUGCACCAGCAACUGGCCCCAUCUACACACCACCUCCUUAUCCGACGCCGUUGCGUUGCGAUCUGUGCGGAGUUUCGGCUAAUCGGCAGGACCAAUUAGAAACGCACAAACGUGGUGCUAGACACUUGCGAAUGCUCAGGAUGAACGGGUUGCCUGUCCCCGAGCCAGCUACCGAGAGCGAGGUGACUCCUACUAUUCCUGUACCUAUAGAUUAUUCUAUUUAUCGAACACCAUCAGGCCAGUAUUAUUGUGCACCGUGCAAUGUAUCAUUAAACUCCGAGAGUACGUUUGCCCAACACAUGGAGAGCAAAAAACAUAAAAAUCAAUCAAAUCCAAAGUCUCCGUCGAACACUGUGGUGGUAUCGAAGAAGGCUAGAUUCAAGAAGAAAUAAGGUUACGGAGACAUUCCGUACACGCUAUUUCUACGUCCAUUGUUUUCACUGAAACUCUUCUCUCAUUUUUCGGUUACGCAGAUGUAUUGUCGUUGUAUCGCGGGCAACGUGCAACGAUCUGUGCCUAAAUAUAAAAAAUAAAACUCUUGUUCGAUAAUAGGGUGUGCCGGCGAGACUCUCGAAGAGUCAGUAACCUCUGAAAUGUUCCAAGAUCACCCGCGAGACUAACGAGAAUUAUGAAUUAAUACGAGGAUAGAUCCGAUCGUCGCGCGACUGAUGAGAAAGAUAAAUCUGUUAGCGUUAAUCGGUAUUUUAAAUUAAAUACCGAUUAACACUAAAUUCGAUUUUCAGUAAACCGAACGGUUAUUUAGACGGUAGCUCGUUAAUCGUCUCGGUGGCUGCACGACUAAUCGCCCACAUUUAUUCAAUUACGAAACCAUUAGCUCGAACGCUCCCCACCGUUCAAUUCGCGAAAUCACGCGCGCUGGUACGAACGCGCGUUUGUCGCGUCCAAGUGAAAUUUAUGCGUCGUUCACUCCCGACCUUCCACAGAAUUUAUGACUUGAGCGAACGAGCCAUACCGAACCCUCCUCUAUUAAUUACCUCCUAAGACACGUAUGACGGAUCAACGUUUCCAGCCUGUUUUUACUGUCACUUCCCCGCGACGAAUAUAUCUUUUGACAACGGUGACCAAAUAAAAAUGUCGGUGUAAAGCAUGAAUCAACGAGCAAGAAACCCUGGAGCUACAUUCACGAUACCCAAAAAUGGCAUGACAUGUAAAAGCUCCUCUGUUUUUUUAGAAAGAAGGAAGAAUUAACCACCGCGCUGUAUCCACGGAAAAGAAUUUUUCAAAGGGAUAAAAUUAGUCGUCGUUAGUAUAUCACUGAGAGGGUGGAGUUCUUUGUAAAAAUUUCAGAAGUAGCUCGAAGCUAUUAAAAGAAGACCAAAACUUUA